AUGAUCGACAACAAAAGACUUUCUACUAAAAUAACAGGCCCUUCAUGCACAGUUGUUUCUGAUAAAUCAAUAGUUACGGUCGGCCGUAAAAGCCAUAUUCCUGUAGACGUAUGUCUUGACGAUUCUGAAUGUGUAUCGCGCAAGCAUCUAGAAAUACACAGAAAAAACAAGGAUAUAUAUCUUAGAUGUCUUAGUAAAAACGGAAUAUUUAUAGAUGGAUCCUUUCAUAUUGGAAAGCCGGAUUUCGUUCUUUUAGCUGAUGGGUGUAAAUUAAGGUUUCCGAGUACAAAUAUCGUGAUUAUCGUGGAAGUGGUCGAACUUGAACCCUUUUGCCACCCUAAAAAGCGGGCAUCUUGGAGAUCUCCACUUAAUCACACCAAUCGUGGCGAGACUACAUUGAGUACUGACCAAAACAUUAGAAAUAUGACAGAUCCACUAAUUUCAUCAAUUCUAAAGUCCAAAGGAUUUGAAGAUAAUUCCCAUUCUUCAUUUUGUUUUGAGUCCGAAAAUUGUCGAAAUACUCCCGAAAAAAAACAUGAUGUUUCAUGUAACAACUUAAAUGAUAAUCAGAAUACUAUUUCCGAUUUAUCCCUUAAUAGUCUUCAGGGUCCAGCCACCUCAAACUGUGCUUUAUUACCAGUUGAACCAUUAUUUGUACAAACAGAUCAAAAUUUCAAUAUUCCAGCCAUCAGAGCAGCUACAACAGUCCUUCAGAAUCUUAUUCAAAAUGAUAAUCAACCUAAAUCCUUAAAUAUCGAUGGUGAAUCACUAUUUCGAAGUGAAAAUUCAGAUGUCGUAACUAAAAUGAAUCAUAUCGCAAGAUUGUUUGCUUUUAAUUCACUUGCACAACUAUCCCAGUUGGAUGCACACAAAAGUAGUACUUUAACAUUACCUAACUUGGUGAAUUUUCCUUCUCAUCAACUAUAUGACUCCAGAUCGACUGAACUCAAUUGUUCUACAUUCGACCAUGGCUUAUCAGAUUUAAUGAAAAAUCCCUUCGUAUUGUCAUCUAACUCUCCGGAAUCUCAAUUUAAAAAAUCCGAUAUCAUUGAACAAAACACCUUGACAGUAGACGAUUUAGAUGACACUGUCGAUUCAAGUGUAGUUGCAAUACACCAGGAAGUCACAACAUAUUGUAAUGAUGAUCAUAAUGACGAUGGCAGUAAUAAUAAUAAUGGUUGCAAUAUUCAGGAAAGCGAACCAACUAUUAAUAAGUUAGCUGCAAAUUUAGCUUCAACAACCGCAAUUGAUCGAGGCUCAACAUUUCGUAAACCGCCUUAUUCUUAUGCUCAAUUAAUUAUUCAAGCUAUCGCAUCGGCGCCUAAUCAACGUCUAACUUUAGCUGAUAUUUAUGCUCAUAUUUCAAAAACAUUUCCAUAUUAUAAACCACAUGAAAAAGGUUGGCAGAAUUCAAUACGUCAUAAUUUAUCAUUAAAUCGUUAUUUUAUUCGUGUACCACGUUCUCAGUCAGAACCUGGUAAAGGUGCAUUUUGGCAAUUAGACCCUUAUUGUGAAACAUGUUUAAUUAGUCAAGCAUUUCGUAAACGUCGUCAAACGUCAUCGAAGUCAUCAUCAUCAUCAGCUGAUUUAAAUCAAACUAAUAAUGCCAAUAAUAAUGUUAAUGACGAUAGUAAUAAUAAUCAAAAUCAGUAUGACGGUGACGAUGAUGAUGAUGUUGUAGGCGAUGAAGAACAACAACAAGAAAAGAAAGAAGGUGAACAAAGAAAUGUUUCAGACGACAAUAGCAAUAACGAGAAUAGUAUUAAUACUAAUACUAUUGAUGUUAAUAAUUCUGCAUUUCCUGUAACAUCUCGUGAAUUAUUUUUCAAUGAUAAUAGUCAACAUAAUCCAUUAAAUAAUAACACAUAUAUUGGUAAUAAUAGUAAUGUCUCAGCUCCUCAUUGUGUUUUUGUACAAUCGAAUUAUUGUUUAAAACAACAAAAUCAUCACUUACAAAACAUACAAUCUUUACUUCAUCCUCACUCUUUUUGCUUGUCAAAUUCAUUAUCAUCGUUGUCAACACCAUCAUCACCAUCGUCGGUCAUGUUUUCGUCAUCUGGUGAUCAACAACAACGCCAGGAUGAGUCUGGUGCAGUAAUGCAUUAUUCGAAUGGUUUACCAACAGUCAAUGGUGAUCGGAAAUUACAACCACAUCCACCUACACGUACAAUGAUCUUAUCACAUGAUCUCGAUACAGCUGCCUUACUUGCUAAUCAUAGUAACAGUAACAUUAAUUCUAACGUGAAUUUAAGUUUUAACCAAAUUUUAAAUGGUGGAAAUAAUAUAUCAGAUUCUAUGCAAGAACAUUCUCACUGUUCAACUACGACAUUGUCAGUUCCAUCAGAUUUCAAUAAUAAUUUACCGUCACCCCUAUUGCCUAUAUCAUCAAACUUCAACUGGGGCGCAUUGAACAACAGUCAAGAAUGGCUGAGAUUGGCUAAUCUUGGUUGUGAUAACUUACGACCCUCAUCAUUAACAGCAUUUCGUGAAUUAUGGCAAUUAUCUGAUCGAGAAUUUCGGAAAAAUAAUUUAUUUCUAGCCGCUCAAUUAGUUAAAGCUCAUCAAAAUUUAAACAACCUUACAUUAUCUACAGAUAACGAUGCAAUUAAUACAAAGAAUGAAAACAUAGGAAACUCCACACACGAAGAAUCCCUUUCUACAUCCGAUAGCCCAACUGAUUUAAGCGCCACUAGAAAUGUCGGUGAUUUUCCACUAAACCGAAAACACCGAAACACAGAUCAACUAUCUAUAUCACCCGUAACAAUUUCAAGUGGAUUAUCACCGCCAUUUUGGGCAUCGAAAUGUUCUCGAUCUCCAGAAGAAGGAGAACAAGAACAAGCAGAUAAACAUAAAGAAACCACUGUGAAAAAUCACUUUUUCGUAAAUCCAACCACAUUUUAUGCAAUGCCAUCCUAG